UUUUUUUAUAAAUUUCCAGAAUAAAUCAAAAUUUUGAAACUUUUUCGUCCUCAGAACAGCACCACUCCCGAGUGCCACCUACUGCUGAAUGUGAAGAAACAAAGGGGGUAACGUUCAAAAAAGCUGAGAGGUCAUUGAACCCGACGAGAAAAUUGUCUCAUUUUUCCACAACUCCAUUUCUCCACUUUAAUUUCUCAGCAGAUUUUGUGCCCAAUUAAACUUAAAUUUCCAACAAUAAUCUAAAUUUGUAUACAAAGUUUAUUUUGCAAGUUUAUUUCACCUAAAAAUGGAAACUCAACCUGAAAAAACCUGUCAGGAAACGAAUCUUGAAGAAGUAUUGCAACAAAAAGUGUUACCAUCGUCAUUGGGCGAUAUAGCGACGACGAUGACCACCACCGUCGUCACUCCCACAACGGCACGACCACCCCCACCUCGUGUGUCUAUGGAGCUGAAACGAUACCCACCACCACCACCGGUACAAUUUCCACCAUCCACUGGGGCUGGUUCCUCCAUGGGGCUGAGUGAGCUACGAGCCGCCGUCGAAGGGGGUGUGGCUGCCCAUCCCGUCAAACUUAUCGCCGGUCGACACGCCCUCGUUCGAUCAAAACGAGAAGAGACUGAUCGUGAAAUUUCCGAGAAGAGGGAACAAGUCAAGUUGUUGGAGCGUAAAGUAGCCUUAGCUGAGGGAAGUUUAGGAAUCAUAACUGCAAAAGUGAGAGCACUCAAGGAAAAAUGUUUCCACGCCAAAAACACCCUCGUCGAGAAGGAAAACUAUCACCAAGAGUUGGUCAAGGAGUUGGUCCAAGUUCAGUGCAGGACUAAGUUGGCGGAAGACAAGUAUAAAGUCCUGGAAUCAAAGUAUGUCGAUUUUCAGGUCGACAAAGUCGUCAGAAUCGACCAGAUCAACGAAAUGGAGGAAAAUUCGGAAGAUAAGGAACUUAGGGAAGAGCUCGAUCAGCUAAAAGAGACGGUGAAGCAGUACAAGGAGUAUAGGGAUGGUUUGGAGCGAGGGGAUCCUGACCUCGUCCGACUCCAAUCGGGCGAUACCCUGGUGGAAAUGGAAACGAGAAAGAAUGGGAUUAGGGACGCCUUCACAAAACGGGAAGCUCGUACGGAAGGCAUUUACAUGGAGAUUGAUGAAAAGAACGAGGCCGUUGACAAGUUAAAGCAGGACAUUCUCAUCAAAGAGAAACAAAUCCAAGCCCGACUUCGCAAAUUGCAGAGAGAACUGGAAGAUAAGGAGUCGACAGAGAAUCACCUCAAACAAACGGUGGAAUAUUUAAGUCGUCAAAUUGACCCUGCUGUGGCCAAGGGGGUUGGAGGAAGCGGUGGACUCGGCUCGACGAACAAGAAUACAACUUCAGGACAGGCUGGUGGAUUUACUUUUUAUGUUAAAAAGUAGUUCACAGAUGGAUAAUGCGUACCAAUUUUUUACUUGUUUCAUCCUCGAAUUCACCUUUUGUUCGGAAUAGUUUCAAAGUUCCUUAAUUUUUUAGUUCCUUUAGUUUCGUAUUAUAUGUAGGUACCAAACUCGAUGUCAGUUAAUUUUACUAUUUACAUACUUUUCAUAUCCAAUAUUCUCCAAUUUUCUGUUCAUUUUUAAAAUACAUUUUAUUUUACGAAU